UUUAAUCAGCAUCUGCCAUUUACAGAUCAGAGCUUAAUCUGAAAGGUACUGGUACCUCUAGCCGGAAUAUUAUUAAAACGUAGCAAUGAUUUUUGAAGUCCUGUUUUCCGCUCCACUUGUGAUUUUCCUCUUUUACAAGCUGUGGGCUCAUUUGAACAAGACUUAUUUCAUUCUAAGUCUGUGUAAACGCAUUCGCCCAGAAGACGGUAGUUUGUUGGAAAGCAAAAUUUACGUAACGCCAACCAAAACCCGAUUUGGAAACAACUUUGACCUCGUGAACUUUACAUCUGAAAGCAUUUUUAACUUCGUGAGAGAUGCCUCGGUCCAGGCGAAAGGUCGAAACUAUCUCUGGUACUUUUUCCGUGCACCCAUGUACAAUGUAGUUCGUGCCGAGGAAGCCGAGGAAAUAUUCCAAAGUCCCAAGCUAAUCACCAAAAAUAUGAUCUACGAUCUUUUGAAACCCUUUUUAGGCGAAGGACUGCUGACUAGCACAGAUCAGAAAUGGCACUCUAGAAGAAAAGCCCUGACUCCCGCUUUCCAUUUCAAUGUAUUGCAGUCUUUUCUGACCAUAUUCAAGGAAGAGUGCAAUAAGCUUGUGAAAGUCCUGCAUCAAGGUGUGGAUAAGGAGUUGGAGCUGAAUCAGGUUAUUCCUCAGUUCACGUUAAACAAUGUUUGCGAAACCGCACUGGGAGUAAAACUAGAUGACAUGACGGAGGGUAUUCGAUAUCGCAAGUCGAUUCACGCCAUUGAAGAAGUGAUGCAGCAGCGCUUAUGCAACCCGUUUUUCUAUAACAUUGUGUAUUUCUAUCUAUUCGGUGACUAUCGCAAGCAGGUGAAUAAUUUGAAAAUAGCCCACGAGUUCUCCAGUAACAUCAUAGAGAAAAGGAGGAGUCUUUUCAAGAGCAAAGAUCUCGGACAAAAGGAUGAAUUUGGUAAGAGGCAGCGAUACGCCAUGCUAGAUACCCUGUUAGCAGCCGAAGCAGAGGGUCAGAUCGAUCACCAGGGUAUCUGCGAUGAAGUCAAUACCUUCAUGUUCGAGGGAUACGAUACCACCUCCACGUGUCUAAUAUUCACCCUGCUCAUGCUGGCUCUCCACGAGGAUGUUCAACAUCGUUGCUACGAGGAGAUCAAAUACCUUCCCGAGGAUAGCGAUGAUAUCAGUGUGUUCCAGUUUAAUGAACUGGUCUAUAUGGAGUGCGUGAUCAAGGAAUCUCUCCGGCUGUUUCCUUCGGUGCCUACCAUUGGACGUCGGUGCGUGGAGGAGGGUGUGGUCAACGGAUUAAUCAUGCCAAAGGAUACCCAAAUCAACAUUCACAUCUAUGAAAUCAUGAGGGAUCCCCGGCAUUUUGCGAACCCAAAAAUGUUUCAACCGGAUCGAUUCCUUUCGGAGAACACCGUGAAUCGCCAUCCCUUCGCUUUUGUGCCGUUUAGUGCAGGACAACGGAAUUGCAUUGGUCAAAAGUUCGCAAUCCUAGAGAUAAAAGUUCUUCUGGCAGCGGUCAUCAGGAACUUUAAGAUAUUACCUGUUACUCUUCUCGACGACCUUACUUUUGAAAAUGGAAUUGUGCUGCGUACAAAGCAAAAUGUUAAGGUUAAACUGGUGCAUCGGGAAAAUAAGUGAACCUAUAGAACCUAGACUAUACAGCAGUUCUACUUUUGUACAUUCCGUGGAGCCCAGCAGUUUGAACUAUAAAAUUUUAUUAUAACAGAACGUCAAAACACAAUUACUAGAAAUUAACCAUGAAAUUAAAUAUUCCGAUAACAAAGA